AUGCAGAGCCUACACGAAUGGCUUCUUGCAGACCCAGCUACGCGGGGCUACAUCCUUGAGCGACAACAAGACCAAUCACUGGACAAUGAGGAGCGAGAGGUUAUCAGGCGACGUAUGCGGACGGGGAAAUGGACGCUCGACCGUGGUGCUGGAUAUUACGCAACGGAGCGUCAAAAGAGGAAAUUGUCUUGCCUUGUACAGACCGGAAAGCACGCGGGGCGGUCACGUGUCCGCUACGUGGGAAUAGACUUUCAAACGUUCUGGACCCACAUCCUAAAGAGAGACUUCUACACCACUGCUGUGAACGCCAAGCUGGUCCAGCUCGUCACCGUACUUGUGGUGUGGUACUUCUCCAUGCUGCUAAUCUGGAGCACUAUCUACUACCUCGUCUGGAGAUUGGAGAAGACGUGCUUCGUCGGCUUCCACGGGUUCCGCUCGGCUUUCAUGUACGCCACCGAGGUGCAGCAAACCAUAGGUUUUGGGGAGCGAGCGACGGGCGAGUGCUGGUCCGCGGCCAUACUCGUAUCUAUCCAUUCUCUACAGGCCGUGUUGUUGGACAGUGUCAUCCUGGGUAUUGUAUUUUCACGGAUCUCCCACCCGAAGCAGCGAUCUCGGACUGUUCUAAUCAGCGAUUGUGCGUGUAUAGCACGGCGUGACGGCCAGCUAAAAUUCAUGUUCCGCAUCGCGGACAUCCAGAAGCGGUCCGUCAUCGACCCACGUGUUCGCGUGGUGAUGUACACCUGGGGACCUGGACGGCGCACAGCGGAGGGCGAGAGGAUUCCGGUUAUCGCCCAGGACAUGUCCGUGUCCCUGGACUGCACUCUGCUGCUGCCAGUCACUGUGGAGCACUCCAUAGACGAGGCGAGUCCCCUGUUCUGCCACACGUCGCAGAGCCUGGAGCCGGCGGUGGGUGCGGAGAUUGUGGUGACGUUCGAGGCAUCCUCCGAGUUGGGCUACACCUUCAUGGCCCGACAGAGCUACCUGCCGUCUGAGAUCCACUGGGGGCAUACCUUCGUGAACGUCAUCCUGCCGGCGGCCUUGGGCGACACGCAGCACGAGGUGGACCUGUUUCAUGAUGUGGAGCCCCAGAUGGGCCUCUGUGACGAGAUGACGCAGCCGCAUCGGCUGAGCAGGAAGGUGGUGUUUGGUAGCGGCACGAGCAACGUAGUUCCCGGGCGGCUGCUUCACGAAAACACGCUGGUGCUUUCGGAGGACGCGGUGGUGGCCUGCCGCAACGGCCGGCCGUACUUCAUGUUCAGGCUCGGGGACACCUUCCCCGGCCACGUCAUGGACGUGCAGGUGUCCGCUCACCUCUAUCGGUGGCACACACGACACACGGCGGAAGGGGAGUUGCUGCCGUACGAGGAGCACCCGUUGAAGCUCGAGCCAGUCGACUUGUUGCUGAGAUAUCCGGUCACGGUGUUUCACGAGCUGGACCCCGCUUACAGCCCUGUGGCGCACUGGGCCUCCCAGCGGGGGCUGUUGCAGGACGCGGAUGCGGAGGUGGUCGUGGUGGCCAGGGGGACGCUCUACUCCCGCCAGGAGGUCGUCACGAGGACGCGAGUGUACAGCGUGCUGGGCGACGUCAAGUGGGGCCACGCGUUCCUGCCAGUGGUGCUGCCUGGGAGCGGUACCGCCGCCCUGGGCACUUCCUCCAAGCUGGGAGCUGCAGUGGACUGGAGCCACUUUCACGCCACGGCGCCCAUCACCAUGUCGCAGAUGUCGGAGGUGCAGGGAACACCGGGCCGACCGACUGUUCAGCAGCCGCUGGCGCCUUCUCUCGCGUUUUCCGGGAUGGAUCGCAACGGCUCUACGGGUUCACUGAGCAGCUUAUCGCAGCAGCUGUCCCAACCCGGCCCUCCUGUCGCAACGCCUGCUCCGGAUGCCGCCUACCCGGCGUCUGCGGCCCCAGCCCCGCAAGGCCAACUAGCACUACAGCUGCGCUUGCCUUUGGCGCAGCAGUUCCAGAGGCCCGGCAUUCAGCGCAGCCCAUCGGCGCUUUUGUUGCAGUCAGGAGGAGGUGGAGGUGACAUCUGCCAGAACAGGCCGGCAAGCACGUUGGGGUUUGUGGCGCCGGGGGUGAUGCCGCCGGGCUUCGCCCGACGUACAGGUGUGGACGACGACGACUGA